CUAGGCGAGAGGGAGCCCAAGUCAUUAAACAUAAACAUUUAUCAUGCCAACCACCGCACCGACUCGGCCCGAGCUGGAGCACACACCGAUGAGUGAGCAGGACCCCGACUUUGAUCAGCAACAGGAGCUCUUCCCCAAGACAUUUCCAAAUAUCCGCAUGCUGGUGUUCCCAUUCCGAUUUCUCGGAUACUGGCUGGGUCGCAAAUUAUGGUCGAAUGAUCCGCACGCUUCGCAAGCGCGGACACUGCUAGACGACAUCGUCUAUGGUGAAGGUCCGCGCUUCCGAAUUUCAACGAGCGAGCUUUAUUUCACGGACAUGCACGACAAAAAAGUUAUCAAGUACUCGCUUUUAACGGGCGUAAGAACGCUUGUAUACGAGGAUCCGGAGGAUAUGCUGUCUGGGUUGGGGUGGCUGCCGGAUGGCCGUUUGCUGAUCUCAUCGAUGAAUAAGCGCCAGGUUAUCGUCCAUGACGAGGAGACCAAUGCGACCAAGCUUUAUGCUGACGUGAAAGACGUGACCCAGGUACGCGCUAAUGAUAUGGUCGUUUCCACGUCCGGACGCGCGUAUCUCGGAAGCUUUGGAUUUCACCACUCUGACAUUAUGUCGAUCGCGAGCUCCACGAUCGUCAGUAUCGGGGAGACGUUCGAAGGACGAUUGACGGCGUACGACAUUGGAGAGGAUGGCACACUCUCGAACGUGGACGGUAUCUGCUUGGACGCAGAGAGCUGCGUGUGGGCUAGCAUCGUGCAGUCUGGGCUGUAUCAGACUGGUGGUGGUCUCGUCCGCGUCAAGGAAGGAGGUGAAAUACUGGACGUGAUCGGCUUCGGUGCCAACGGCAUCAAGAACUCGGUGUUUGCUUGUCAGUUGGGCACGGACUCCGAUGGCAAAAAUCAGCUCUUCUUCAUGGAGGCGGCCACGUCGUACGACCACCUCAUAUGGAAGGACGGCCCCGAGGCGGCCCGAAAAAACGGUCUGUUGCGUGUUAUCGAGGUGAAGGUCGGCCCAGCGGUUGUUCCAGGCAACGAUGGCUACUGCGGCGGAUACUGCUGA